GGCCCGCGGCAAAAGCGCCAGAUCACGAAGCAGGAGGAUGCCACUGCGGCAAGUGCUCGUGCCCGCUUCGAAGAACGCCGGCGGCAGUGGGCAAAGAUGCGGAGGGAUGGUCGGCUCGACAUGGAGUCAUCCGUCACCGAGCAGGCAGUGCUGGAGAAGCGACAGCAAAAGAAGCAAAAGGACGCCAAUGA